AUGCGGGCGUGGACUUCUAAAGCUGCUAGGCCAAAACGAGCUAGAAAGCGCGGUCUCUUUGUGUGCCUCGCGCUUGCUAUAUGGGGCCUCUUCCACGUAUCGAAGCUGCGAUCCAGCCGUGAUGAGCCGUUCUCGAAAAUGGGCAUCAAUUCGAGGCGCGACCAUACGUUCUCCGCAGGCUGUUUAGACCCAUAUGCUUAUCAAGAACAGCCGGGCUAUCAAAGACAGAAUGCUACCUUUGUAAUGCUGACGCGGAACCAGGAGCUAAGUGGUGUAUUGAGCUCGAUGUACAGUGUAGAGCGGCACUUCAACCAGUGGUUCCAGUAUCCGUAUGUGUUUCUGAACGAUGAGGAGUUUUCUGAGGAGUUUAUUGCCCAAGUAAGGGCGGCAACUCACGCUGAUGUUGAGUUCGGAGUUUUGAGCGAGCUGGAAUGGGAGUUUCCGACUGAAGUGCGUGAGCAGCUCGUGUUCAAACACAGCAUCGAAGAUCAGGGCGAUCGCGGAAUUAUGUACGGGAACAUGGAGUCUUACCACAAGAUGUGUCGAUUCUACUCAGGUGCGUUUUUUAAGCACCCAUUGGUGUCGCGGCACGAGUGGUACUGGCGAAUUGAGCCCGAUGUAGAGUUUUUCUGCGACGUGACGUACGAUCCUUUCUGGGAAAUGCAAAGGCGUGGUAAGAAGUACGGCUUCACGGUGCUCAUCAAAGAGCUAUACUGGACCGUGCCGAAUCUGUUCCGGUACACCAGAAGCUUUAUCCGGCAGAACAAAGUCAAAGUCGGGGACCUUUGGGACCUGUUUGUGGAUAACUACAACGUUGCCGCAGGCGACGAGCUGCUGAACAAGCUGGCCAAUCAUGAGUGGGAGGUGGAGCGCGAGCUGAUGGACCGCGUGGAAAUAGAGCACCUGCUGGAGACCUCACAGUACACAAGUGCGGAAGAUGUGGACGAAGAGCUGGUGCGCACGCUGGUCAGCCGCGCAAAGCGUAAACCGCCUGUGAUUGAGGAUAAAUUCGACAACGAAGAGUACAACCUCUGCCAUUUCUGGAGCAAUUUCGAGAUCGCGCGCGUGGACCUGUUCAGCACAGGGCUGUACGCGUCGUACUUUGAAUUUUUAGAGCAGAGUGGCGGUUUCUGGGCAGAGCGCUGGGGCGAUGCGCCCGUCCACUCGCUUGGGCUUGGCAUGAUGCUCGACGCACGUGACGUUCACUACUUUCGAGACAUUGGCUACCAGCACUCAACGCUGGCGCACUGUCCCGCCAACAAGCGCGGCGGGCAGCUGCCGUACGUCGAGAACCCAGACUACGCAACAAUCUUCGGGAAAAAGCGCUCCGCGUACGCCCGCCUGGGCCGCCUGGGGCGGGCCCGUAGCAGCGAACAGACGUACGGGACCGGCUGCCGGUGCGUGUGUCCGCGGAAGCGCGACAUAGAAGACACGUCCGCGACGUGUUUCGGCGGCUGGUACGAACUGACGCGGGACGACCGCGUGGCGCGUACGCCAGUUGACGCGCCCGCGCUGCUGCACGAGCUGCGCGGCGAUUUCUAUAGCACGUAA